AUGUCACCUAAAACUCCGCAAAAGAGACGAUUAUCUCAAUCUCAUUUUCCUUCGCUUUACACGCCUGUCACAUCGAAGAAGAGUAAAACUGUUUCAGAUGACUUUCAAUCUUCGUUGCCCAUAAAUGAACCAGGAUCUCCCUUGACUCCAGAUAGAACACCCAAGACAGACACCAAAAGGGCAACAAGACAUAUACUACCAAAUGAUUAUGGUGCUAGUUCCAGUAAAUCUACCAGACUGAAACUCGAGGCCCUUUCGAAGGAAAUUGGAGAUACUGCACAUAACCCUGAUGACUAUCAUGGUGAAACAUUAUUAAAACCUAAGGCUCCUACUGGAUUAGGUAUUAGGGAACCUGAUAUUAAUACAGACUUGAGCUUGCAUGUGACCCAAGAUCCCAAUACGCCAAAGGGAAAGAUAAUAGGCAAAAAUGACCAUGAAGUGUGGAAGUUUGUGCACCCUGAGAAUUUCUCAAGUGAUGAUGAAAGUGAGGGUGAAAUACAGCAUAUUUCUAAGCAAACACUUCCUAAUCCAUUUAUUGAAUCCAACAAGCUUCCUAGUCCGAAGCUAGUAAACCCAUUUCAAAGUAGGCAGCCAAGGAAGCAGAAUCCCAGGACUGACUAUUCCUCCAAGUUGGAGCUUUACAACAGUAGAACUGGUAAGUACACCGUGCAGGAUUUAACUGCUCGUGAGAAACAGAUAAAGCCCAAGAUUUUAGAUUUCUCUAAGGUAGGGAGUACCACUGCACAACCAACUGGAAAGGGAGAAGUAGACGAGAAUACAGAGGAUGAUAAAUUAGAGAAAAAAUAUCUUAUGAAGAAUUUAAAUGGAUUUAUGAUGGACAUUAAGCCAAAAAAUAGUCUAGGGUUUGAAAUUUUCAAAGAUGAUGAAUAG